CAACUGGAGGAGGAGGAAGUCAAUUCCAUGACAUGCUCAAAUAUUAAGAUCAUAGCCAGUUUACUUAGUCUGAUAUUGAUUCAUUCUACUGAAUUCUGACGUCUCGCGCGCAGAUAUCACCGUGGUUCUGGAAUGCUGCUGGACGAGACCCCACUGUUUGACCCUUCCCUGCUCCAGGAGCUGGACUGGAGCAGUAACACUGUGUCAUUUUCUCCCCCCAUCUCCCCCUCACAGCCUGGGGAGGGCCUGAUCCUCCGCCCCCUCUGUACAGCAGACUUCAACAGAGGAUUUUACAAGGUCUUAUCCCAACUCACACUGGCAGGAGAUGUUACGCCUGAACAGUUCAGAGAUCAUUUUGAACACAUGAAGAAGACAGGUGAUUACUAUGUUGUCGUGGUGGAGGACACAAAUCUCGGACAGAUUGUUGCCACAGCGACGCUAAUCGUAGAGCACAAAUUCAUUCACUCGUGUGCAAAGAGAGGUCGUGUGGAAGAGGUUGUCGUGAGUGACAUUUGCAGAGGAAAACAACUGGGAAAACUGCUAGUUUCAACCCUGACUUUACUCAGCAGGAAACUGCAGUGCUACAAAAUAACACUGGAAUGUGCGGAGAAGAACGUGGAGUUCUAUAAGAAGUUUGGCUAUUCUCCAUCCGACGAGACAUACAUGCAGCGUCGGUUCUUCGAAUAGGCGACGGAUAACCCUGUGUCUCCAGAGCGUCACCUGGUGUCCACCGCUAGACAUCUGGUGUGACAGAAGGUUCUACCAUGCAAUACUGUCAUCCAUUCAUAGACAGACCUUUUCAUUAUAAGGUCCGGCUACCUCGCCUCUGUGCUCUUCUCGACCUAAAGAAUAUGCCAAGACUGUAAAAAAAAAAAAAAAAACAGACUCUUUGAAUACAGGCGCACAAAAUAAAGUACGUUGAAGAUUUUUUGAAGAAAAAAGAAAAAAAAAAAGAUUUUAGAUCCAGAAUGUAACCAGUGUUUGGCCCUCUAAAAGCAGUUCUAUUCAGACCCAGAUGAACAAAGAAAAAUGUCUGAUAUUUUCCUUUUUUAUUUUCCAUAUUUUAGAAUCAUGUAGUGCUGCUGGAUCAAGAAUAAGAAAUUAAACUGUUCGCAUUUUAGAGAUCAUUAAUCAUGGAUUGUCAGAAAUUCUGUGAUUGGUCACAACUGGAGAGGUUGUUGAAAAACACUGGUACUUGAAUAUUUUCUACUAUUGUCCUUUUCUCCCACGUCAUAUAUGUAUGAUAUACAAAAACUAUCAUUUUUCAGUGGAAAAGAGUUUAAAAAAACAAAUGGAGUGACACAUAUUGGUUUACUAAACAUGUGUCUUAAAAGCAUGUUUCCCUGACCUUUUUGGGUGUGAAAUUACUGUUGGUAUGUAGAGGGUUAUGAGAUUUAUUGGUGAGCUGGUAUGUGUCUUAAUAUAUACUUUUAAUAUGUCUGAAAUCAUCAUUUGAGAUCAUUGAAUGUUUAUUUGUUAUUUCUGUGGCAGCAGCGUGGGAAGGAAUUCUAUGAGCAAAUUUUUUAUAGUUUUUUCUCAAUUCUAUUUCAUUUGCAGUUCUUUCUGGUUUAGGGGGGGGGGUAUUUAAAUUGUUUGUGUUUUCAGUUCCCAGGUUUUUGAUCAAAAGUCAAUCUUGUUGAAGUGUGAAAGUUCAUUUGAAGUAUGUUGUGCAGGAUUUGUCUGAAGGCACUUAUCACUGCAGUCAUUUAGUUUUAUAGAAAAACUCCCAAGUGAACUGAAUGUUAUUUAUUGUGGUUUUUCUGGUUUCUAAAUUACUUGGCUACUGCAGCCACAGGUAGUAAUUUAAUUUAAUCAUUAUUUAUUUGCAAACCACAAAGAAUGCAAAUAAAUUAUUAUUUGAAAUAUUUUUUAACAUGAAAGAUGCCUGUGACUUGUCAAAUACAUUUAUAUUUGAAUUGUAUUUUUCUAAAGGGGGUUUUGAAUUAGGAAACACCAAAAAAGGGUUAUUAAAAAUUGGGAUUCUCUACUCUUAGGUACGUAAUAAAGCUCU